AACCCAUCAUCCUCUUCUCAGUUUCAAUUCUGUAACCCAUAUCAGCUCCUCCGCUUGAAAUUCUCUACGACGGAGACUGUAAGUUCCGAUUUUGUCAUCUACCCUCGAAAUAAAAUCUAUAUACGGAUCGAGGUUAAUGGAAGGAGAGAAUCCGAUAGAAGAUCGUGGCUUUUUGGGCGCUCCUGUGACAUUCUUCCUCGUCGUUGUCUUCCAGCUGCUAUCAAAGUGGCUCGACCAAUUGAAGAAGAAAGGGUCGAGUAAUAAUAAUACAAAGGAAGCAGAGCUGCGAUCCGAAAUUAAGCAGCUUUUGAGAGAGGCCACUGCAUUGUCUCAGCCAGCCACAUUUGCGCAAGCGGCUAAACUUAGGAGGUCGGCAGCUACUAAAGAGAAAGAACUUGCACUAUAUAUGGAGAAGCAUAAUAAAGAUGUAAAUCUGUCUUACGAUCUGUAUGGAAACGUUCUGAUUGUUUCAAAGGUUGUGGUAUACCUAAUCUUGGUACUUUGGUUCUGGAGGACUCCGAUUGCCAUGAUUGCUAAGCAACUUGUUCAACCCUUUGGGAGGUUGUUAUCUUGGGGAACAGGAGGUCACUUGGCAGGCCAUGUGAUGGUUGGGAUCAUACCGUGGCUGAUACUCUCAACCAGAGUGAGCAAAUAUGUGUGCAAGUUCGUGGAGUUCUAAAUCACAUUCCUCAACAAAGUGAAUUUUUAUAAUGUUCUUCAGUUUAAAGUUGUAGCCUUUUUAGGAGACACUUGUGCCAUAAUUGUUUAUUUUUCCUCAUCUAACUUGAGCAUUUUUGUACAUUAUAUAGAUGAUAGAUCCUAUUCUCCGGUUUAUGCUGGAUUCUACCAAUAACAAAUGGCAUUGAAGCAUAUUGAAGGACCAAAUAUGGGUUUGGUUAAUUGGGAGAUGUGAAGUGUAAUAAAUAAUAGUAAGUAGAA